AUGAGCUCGGCCAAUUUUGUCGCUGCCCAGCAGCGCGUUCUGGAACGCCGUCGACGACGUGAGGCCGAAGCUCAUGGCCGACUCGCAGAUCAACAACGGUCUUCAGUGACCAACCAUCCCGCCGUGCAACGACUUCCCUACCCCCUGAAUACCCUACCGCAAUCAGGCUUCUCAUUAUGGGAUGCAAUCAAAGGUCGCGAAGGAACGAGGCCCGCCUUCCGUGUCGGUCAAGUUGAUGCAGAGCUCCUGGAUGAGGAGCUACUCGGCCUGCUGAAGGGGCAGGUCGGGGAAGCGCUCAAAUACUUCGGAGCCCAUUUGCGCGACGACUGGUCGAAUGAAAUCCAACUUGCCCUUCGUGCGAUCCUCUUCAAACUCUCAAUAUGGGACCAUGAUGCCUCCUAUGGCGCGGCUUUACAAAGCCUAAAAUACGUCGAUAGUCGCAGCAAAGGACCUGUUUACUCGACACCGACAAAACUACAAAAGUCUCUAUACGGUCUCCUGACAGUGGGCGGCCGCUAUGCCUGGGACAAGUGGGAGAACUGGCUUAUUAACCAAGAAGGCGGCUACGAGGAACCAUCACAGGAAGUUCGGUCGCUAGGACGGAUAACGAACCUCCUCUCCACUACGCACUCAAUCGCAGCCUUUGCCUCCUUCCUCGUUUUUCUCGUAAACGGUCACUAUCGAACCCUAGUUGAUCGUCUCCUCCGCAUGCGCCUUACUCCACCAUCCGCCCAGGCAAGCCGCGAAGUCUCAUUCGAAUAUCUAAAUCGUCAACUAGUAUGGCACGCCUUUACCGAAUUUCUCUUAUUUCUCCUCCCCCUCGUUGGUAUCAGUCGCUGGCGGCGAUGGGUCUCCCGAGCGUGGCGCAAAGCAAUGUCCGCAAUCCGAACAAGCACCGACGACGAUGACGACGUCAACGAGAAACAGGGUGAGCUCUCGUUCCUUCCAGAACGCACCUGCGCGAUCUGCUAUAAGGCAACCGAUGAAAACACAGCAACAGAAAAUGAAGUCAUGGCCUCAUCAGGGGGGAUCAGCGGCUCCGCGCAUACGGAUAUUACGAAUCCGUACGAAACAAUACCCUGCGGCUGCGUUUAUUGUUUUGUAUGUAUAGUCCAAAAACUUGAAGGCGAAGAGGGCGAAGGCUGGGUCUGUCUGCGUUGCGGGGAGCUUGUCAAGAAAUGCAAGCCAUGGAACGGGGAUGUCCUUGAAGAGACUCGUCGACCGUCGUCUUCGGGAAAGAUUGUCGGGUUUGCAGUAGACGAUACCGUCAGCAACAGUUCAAAGCAGGAGCAUGAAAACGCCGUUGAUGCGGAGUGA